AUGGGCUGCGUAAGAGAGUUCUUGGAAGCCACGGCCAGCCGCUACAUGACCGGUUCUGCCGGGCUGGCUGGAUGGAGCAGCGUCGGCAAGGAUGCUGCGCGACUGCUUGGGGGAGGUGCAGGCAGUGCAGUGCUCCAGGCGACGGGCUUGUGGGCUCUGGGACACCUGGCAGAACGCGUAGAGCCCAGCCAGGGCGGCAGGAAGUGCCGAGUGCCAGCCUGUUAUGGUCGCUUUCCCAUCAUCUCUGCACGAGCAGAACGACGACCCGAAUCCUGCAGGACGAUGACCUCAUCGCUUUUCUCCAAAGACGAGACGAGCACUGAUCGCCGCGUGCCUCAGGGGGCUCCAUCAGCCGAUAGCAUUGCUUCGGCCAGCUUCCGCACCUACGUGGCAGGUGGUUUCGCAACCCCAUUUACGUGCAGCAAGAUGACCUUACCUGAGAGCGAAUGUGUCCCCAACACCUUCCUGGAGCUCCUGUCUGAGAACGAUACCGUGCUCACUAUUGUAUUCUUCAUCUUGGGCUGGUUCGUCUUCCGAUUGGGCCUCCCAGACCGCCGCGUCGCCUGGGACGCCUGGGGAAGUGGGGCGGUGAGGGCGGUGGCAGUUGUGUUGGGAAAACGGCCGGUUGUGGGGAAGAUCCCAACGAGCUGUGUGACAUCACCAGCGCGGCGGGUUGGGGGGCGCUCGGAGCGGCCCAAUGUGGCCGAGAUGUUGCUCUACUACAACAAGAGCUUCUUCUGGUUGCUCCUGGAACGAAGAGGUAGCGUUUUCUUCCGACUAGACUCUGUGUUCGGUGGCCUCUUCAUUGCCGCGCUCGGCGGCGUGGUGCAGUACAUGCGAGACAGCGGUUGGGAGUAUGCCCCGCAGAUCCACCACCACUACGCGUUUCAGGCCCUGGGCGCGGGGGUGACCUUUGCCAUCGUCUUCCGGACUCAGCUCGCGUGGAACAGGUAUUGGGAAGCGGUGACCCAGCUCCAUUUCAUGUAUAGCAAGUGGGCCGAUGCCUUCUCGCAGUUCCAGGCCUUCGCAGAAGUCACCCGGAAGAACGUGCAAGAGAAGGAUCCGGUCAAGGCAGACCGAAUUCGAUUAAAGCAAUGGAGGUUGAAGAUCAACUAUGCCUUGCUGAGCACGGUCGCUGCAGACCGGCUGACCACAGGUGACAACCAACGCAUGGAGGAGGUGCAGGUGAAGGGCGUUCGGACGCGGAACACCAUGCGAGUGGACAAGGAGGCGCAAGAUUUCGGCCUCCCUAAGAUGGCGGUGAGGAAAGAGUUCGACCGCAUGGACUCGAAGACGGAUGCUUAUGUGGUCUUCGAGAAGCCCUCGGCGGAGCAAGUGCAGCUGAUGAUGGCGUCCAACGACAUCGUGUCGACGGUCAUGUACUGGAUUCUAUGGGAUCUGGCAGAUUGUAUGAAGGACAUCGAGAUUGCCCCUCCAAUCCAGUCCAGGAUGUACCAGGAGCUCUCCAAUGGGAUGCUGGGCUUCAACAACUGCCUGAAGAUCGCCGACGUGCCAUUCCCACUGCCGUUUGCACAGCUCUUGGGUCUGCUUCUGGUGGCUUUCAGCGCCUUCAUACCGGUCUACGUGAUCAACUUCACCGGGUCGCCCAUCGCUGGGCCCAUUCUGUGUUUCUUCCUCUUCGAGAGCCUUUGGUGCCUCAACGAAGUUGCCAAGGAGCUGGAGAAUCCCUUUGGUCAAGAUACCAAUGACAUCUCCCUCACCGACUUCCACAUGCGCUUUGUGGAUUGCCUCGAGGACGUGACGGUGGAUGAGCAGGUGGGCAUGUUGAGGAAUCCCUUCUUGGGCAUCGACCCAGGGGAGGACGACCCGGAGAAGCACGGCAUCGAAGUGUUGCCCGACGUCGUCGUGCCGGGCAUGGAGAUCUGA